GACCCAACUCAAAAAUGGGUCCCUAUGGGUUGGCUGUCACUACCCGAUCGUGACGGCCUACCGGAUCACGACGGACUGCAACUGCGCUUGCGCAAACCGACGCCAUUUUCUCCCGAGGGAUGAUGGGAUAAAUUGAUAUGUACGUGUUGAUUUAAAAAAGGGGGAAAAAACAUCAAAUGAUGAUGCCAUUGAUAAAAGUACUGAUGGCAAUUUGAAACUGAAACUUCAAAACGUGUUCCGAACCGAUGACGUAUAUUUUCAGUCAACCACUACUCCGGAAGCGCUCUCUCUGGACCGGGUCUUGCCGUUCUUUCGUGUUCCCUUCUCCCAACCAAACGAGCUCCUUCAAAGUAUUCUCAUCGGAUGCGGCAAAAUAAUCCUGACCGAAGGGAAACGCAAUCAAAAACAUCAAACUGAGACGAGAGAAAAACAUCAAACUGAGACGAGGAGAUGAGGAGAAGAAAUCCAGGCCACGACGAGCAACUGAAAAACAAAAUGAGGUAUCCCGCAGACGUCACUAUAAAAGAGCUUCACCCUCAGAAGCGCGAUCCCCUCCACGUUAAACAGGAGGAGUCUGAGAUGCCGUACAUUAAACAGGAGGAGAAGCCAGAGGCCCCCAGCAUUAAAGAAGAAGAACAGGCAGACGAGAUCCCCGAGUUUCCAAUUACUGUCUUUGUGAAGAGUGAAGACGACGAAGGUCCAAGCGAAAAGAGCGGAGCAGCAAAACCUUCGAGCGACAGCUCAUUCCAACACCUGACAACAAAAGGAGAGGGACGAUGGCAACAUGACGGUUUGUUAGCGCCGCUCUCACACAGUGACGAUGUAACUUCACACUCGUCUGUUUUUAACACUGAUGAGGAGGAUAAAGACUUUGACCAAAAUGCUUCAAAAUCCUUAAACAAGUCCUCAUUGAAAAGAGGCACAAAAGAGGUUGGGAGACCUUUUACCUGUUCACAUUGUGAUAAAACAUAUUCUCAGAAAAAACACUUACAAAGCCACAUGUAUAAACACACUGGGGAGAAGCCUUUCGCAUGCUCAUUUUGUGAUAAAAGAUUCACUGACAAAUCAUAUUUAAACACUCACACAAGAACACACACUGGAGAGAAGCCUUUUCAAUGCACAUCUUGUGGUAAACAAUUCACUGAUAAGCGAUGUUUAAACAAACACACAAAGAUACACACUGGAGAGAAGUCUUUUGUCUGCACAUCUUGUGGUAAAGGAUUCUUUUAUCAGGAUCAUUUAAAAAGACACACACUCACACACACUGGAGAAAAGCCUUUUGUCUGCACAAGUUGUGGUAAAGGAUUCAUUGAGAAAAGAAAUUUGAUCAGUCACACAAGAGCACACACAGGAGAGAAGCCUUUUCCCUGCUCAGUUUGCAAUAAAAGAUUCUCCCAGAAAGUACUACUAAACUCUCACUUGAAAACACACACUGGAGAGAGGCAUUUUGCGUGCUCAGUUUGUGAUAAAAGAUACUUCAGUAAGUCACGGUUAAACAGACACACACAUACACACACUGGAGAGAAGCCUUUUCAAUGCACAUCUUGUGGUAAACGAUUCACCGAGAAGGCACAUUUAAACACACACACAAAGAUACACACUGGAGAGAAGCCUUUUGUCUGCACAUCUUGUGGUAAACGAUUCACCGAGAAGGCACAUUUAAACAGACACGCACUCACACACACUGGAGAAAAGCCUUUUGUCUGCACAAGUUGUGGUAAAGGAUUCAGUGAUAAAAGUGUUUUUAUUAAUCACACAAGAACACACACUGGCGAGAAGCCUUUUGCCUGCUCUCGCUGCGAUAAAAGAUUUUGUACGAAGCAAGUGUUAACAAGUCACACACGUACACACACUGGAGAGAAGCGUUUUGCCUGCUCUCUUUGCUAUAAAAGAGUUUCUACGAAGCAAAAGUUAACAAAACACAUGCGUACACACACCAGGUGAAAAGGCUUUUCUCUGCACACUUUGUGGCCAAAGAUGAAUGAAUGAAUGAAUGAAUUUAUUGUCAUUGUCAUCAUCAUCAUAAUCAUUGACAGUUUCAGAGUGUGGAAUUUGCCCGAAAGAAAGACGAUGACAGACAAAGGAAAGACGGGAAAAAAACAUAUGCUUAUCAAUACCCGUCCCCCAAACAGCCCGGGACGCACAGUCAAGCAUGUUUGUGUUACAGUCCAGUUAUUAUCAGUUUGUUUUUUUUUUUUUUUAUUUUCACAUAUCAUUCAACUACUCCUGAGCAGGCCCUGUCCUUGUGAACUCAUACCGCGCUGUUUUCUUUUUGCAAGCGUUGAUAAGCGUCUUGGUCAUCCAAGGUUUGUUUUGCAUUCUUUGUCUCGUGGGAGUUAACUUAACAGGGCAGUGCUUAUCGUUAUGCUGAAGUGUAUUCAUAAAAAGCUGCAUUCACAUUAGAUCUUUUUUUCAUUUUUUCUAUGCUUUAGACAGUUCUGAUUCUUUUGUACACUGUCUUUGUCAGAUUUACACAGUGGUUGCAUGGAGUGUAGUUUGUGAAGAUAGGCAGAUGGUCGAUGAUAUCACAGCAAUGUUGUAUCCGUGCAAAUUAAAGUCAGUUCCUUUGUUUUCAUAGCAGAUGGUCGGUGAUAUCACAGCAAUGUUGUAUCCUUGCAAAUUAAAGUCAGUUCCUUUGUUUUCAAACUUGUUAUUGAAGCUCUGUAGAUAUUCGUCAAUGCUUUCAAAAUUUUUAUUGUAUAGACUCCUGGUGUUGAAGUGGAUUUGUUUCAGCUUACCGUCCACAAUGGAAUUGUAGUACUGUUCCGCUGUGUAGUACUUACAGUUGUUCGACAUGUUAUCAUAAAAGUUGUCAGGAUCAAGAUUAUCAGUUGGGUCAUCAUGGUACUCAUCAAUCUGAUCAUCCAAAAGGUGGUAACAGGUGUCAUCAUUAAUUUUCGAAGGAGGUCGAAAGAUUUACCCGGAAGGAAGAUUAAACUAAAAAAGACACACCUAAUUUACUUACGGCUUACUGCUUUUCACAAUUUGACUUCUGAUUGUCAACAAUACUUAGAUGCUUCCCUUCUUUUUGUUUGUUUGUCCAAUUUCCAAACUUCCAAACUCAAUAGUUUCAUGGAAGAUUUUUUUUUAUUUGUCUUGUACAUUGUAAUCAUUUGAAAUCUGCUUCAUUGUAUGAGGACUGGACCCUUUAUUUUUACUAUCAAAUAUUUUUGUUCAUUACUGACAGACUUUCUUCCUUUUUUGUAAACUGUUUUUUUGUAAAUAUGGGCUGUGUACAGUGGUACCUCGACAUACGAUUGCUUCGACACACAAUCUUUUUGACAUCCAACGUAAAAUUUGACUUGCCAUUUGUUUCUACAUUUGAUGACAUGCUCGAAGUAAAACGAUUUAUGACAGCGCCACAGUUUCUUUGUUUUCCCGCAAGAUGGGAGCACGGCGGAUUUUCUUGAGAGAAAUGAACAGUUUCCAAGAAGGUCAUUGCAGGUAGUGAAAAAUGGUGACGCUUACCAUUGCAAUGAAUCAUGUAUUCUUAUGGGGAAAUCCGGCUCGAUAUACAGUGAGGCAAAUAAGUAUUUAGUCAACCACUAAUUGUGCAAGUUCUCCCACUUGAAAAUAUUAGAGAAGCCUGUAAUUGUCAACAUGGGUAAACCUCAACCAUGAAAGACAGAAUGUUAGUAUGUUUAUUGUGUCUAGCAGUGGUAAAACGGGGUGUUUUUUUUCUCUCUGGUAACCGUCUGUGUUAAGAGAAUGUGUAUAAUGUAAACAUGAUACGAGUCAUACACUCGUGCUUUUUGUGGACAAUAAUUUUUGUUCUGAUGGUAAUAAUGUUAUGCUGUUGGUUUAGGCUCACCUAAAGGACUGCAUUUAUUUUAAUUUAGAUUUUUUUUGUUUUGUUUUAACAUUAUACUUAUGUUCCAAUUUAAAAAUAAAUAAAUAAAAUUAAAAAAUAAAUAAAAAUCCUGUUCAAUGGAAAAAAGUUUUUUUUUUUUUUUAAACCCAGAUUUCUCAAAGUGACACAUUUUAGAGCUGUAAUUGCAGUACUGUGAAACUGUGAUAUUUUGGCUUCAGGUUAUACUGUCAGAAUCUCAUACCGGUAUGUACCAGUACUCUUUGCAUUGCAUUAAUUUAAUUUAUUGGACGACAAUGGUAUCAUAUUUACAAUAAAUUAUGAUAUUAGUAGGGCUGUAGCUAUCGAAUAUUUUAAAAACCGAGUAUUCUACUUAAAAAUCCGUCGAGUAAUUGAAAUUGGAUGAAACAUUUUUUAUUUUAGGUAAAGGGCAAUUAUAAAUAUACACAGGGGUGAAAGUGGGCCAGAACGGUCAGGAACGCAGUUCCGGUAUAAGAUUCAGGGGCAGAAUGCUGUUCCGGUACACGGUGCUUUGAUUACGAAAAUACGACGGCAACUGUCAAAACGCUAUGUUAAGAAAAAAAAAAGCUAAGCUGCCACACAUGCAUUUCAUCUCCAAGAAGAAAACAAUCUACCAACAUCAGAUUUACGUACACAAGUGUUAACAACAAGCAUAAUAAAGUGCUUGUAUAGCGUAAUCCGUUUCCACCAAUAUUCAUUAUUUGUUUUAUUCCACGGACGGCAUGGAGGUUUCCCCAGCUGCUGCAGUUAUCCGAGUCUGACGGAUUCAUUUAUCCAAUCAAUUGACUGACAUACUGACAUGUGAUCAGCAGAGAUGGCGCUGAUUGGUUCAAAUGUGCAUGUUUUCUGGAACAGCAAAAAAAAAAAGGUUAAAUUGAUGCGACAAUAAAAGGGCAAUGCAACAUAAAAUGGAUCAAAAUCUUUAGGAGCAAUCAAAGAGAUGAGGAAGCUUAUUUAUCAUAUUUUUUUUUUAUUUGCUCUAAAGGGGAGGUUCAGGGCAUCUUAGCUUUCAAUGUGCACUUUGGACUUUUAUUUGUUCAUUUAUGUUAGGCUACUUAUUCAUUUCCUUAUGAUUUAAAAAAGUCAAUGUUUGCGCGAUCUUCAAAUUAUGUUCGAUUUCACUCUGCAAAAUAUGUCAUCUGUACUUAUUUUUCUGAAUGUAUGUUACUUAUAUCUUUAUUAUUAAAAAAAAAAUGUAAAUGUUUACAUGAACUUCAAUUUUAAUAUGCAUCCUAUGUUCUUAAGUAGUUAAAAUUGAGAUUUGGCAUUUAGUAUGUGAGGAAAUGAGGGAAAAUAAAAAUUAGGAGAUGGAGGUUGGGUUUAUUACUGUUUUUGUUAACUUUUAUUUUGCAAAUUAUUGGAAAAAUAAUUUUGAAUGAAAAUUAGUUUGUACGUGUUAUGAAAUAAUAAUAUGAAAUAACUGUCCCAAAACAGUUUUCUUUGCAUUUCAGUAGUAUAAGAGGUUUGGACCCCCCCCCCCCCCUCCCCCUGUCAGAAAAAAAAGAAAGAAAGAAAAAAAAAAAAUUUCUGGCUUCGUGGCGACCUUCACGUCGGGGAGUUCCGGCAAGAAAUUCUAGCCACUUUCACCCCUGAAUAUACAUGAGAGGUUUCUAUUAAUUAUAACUACUAUUGAUGUGUGGCUAACGAGUCUUUCAGACAGGCUUUAAUUUCUAAAAACACAGCGCUGUAGAAUGAUUAGGGUGUAAAAUAAAAACAUAAUAAAGCUGUCAAUUUUAGCUCAGUAGUCAUUGACGGAUAAAACACCAAGUAGCACUGGUGCCUAAUGUGCUGCAAUACAGCAGGUAUCAUACAUCUAUUUUAAAGACGGCAAAAACUCGAUGGAUGGGAAAAACACCUAACUCAACAAGAAUUUUUUUCUAAUAAGAUUUUAUGUUUUCUACCGGCUGGGUAGAAAUUCCAUGCUGCGGUCCCACUGCGCCAAGCCAAGCUCUCCUAUUUUAAUGCAUACAUUUCACUACCCUCCCCUCACAAUCCCAUCACGGUGCUGGGUAAUGGCUGCCAGCCGGGAACCUGGCAGCCACAGUAAUAGGGUGGUAGGUA